AUGUCAGAGACAGAUUUGAAAAAGGAAGAACUUCCUAAAGUGGAAGUCGCCAAAGAGGAGACCCCGCAACAGGCGGCGCAACAGCCUGUGCCGCAGCCAGACGUUGCAUCUGACCCUGAGGAAGAUGAUCUUUCUGACCUCGACGACGUCCUCGAUGAGUUCGCCAACACCAAACUCGACGAGUCAAAGUCCUCCGCCCCCUCCGCGCUACCUACCUCCGGCCCUGGCAGACCGGACCCAGCAGAUCUCCUUGCAAGCGGACAGGAUGACGAGUUCGCGAGGCAGCUACAGGCCGAAAUGGAGCAAUUGCUCGGGAAGCAGGAUUUUCAGAAACAGUUUGAGGAUAUCUUGAAGGAGGUGGGGGAUUUGGAUCCCGAAACUCUGGCCGCUGCACAAAAAGGGGAGGGCGCGCCCGUGCCCAGCUCGUCAUCUGCUGCGGAGAAGGCGGAGCGGUCAUUCCAGGAGACCAUACGGCGGACCAUGGAGCGCAUGCAAGAGUCUGGAGAGCAGGCAAGCGCUGCGGCGGCGUCGGCGGACGGGGAUGAUAUCCUGGCGCAGAUGCUGAAGGAAAUGGAGAACGGGGGUUUUGGGGGUGAAGGGAGCGAUGAGGACUUCUCGAAGAUACUCAUGGGCAUGAUGGAACAGUUGACGAAUAAGGAGAUUCUGUACGAGCCUAUGAAGGAGCUGAACGACAAGUUCCCGAAGUGGAUGGAGGAGAACAAGGACAAGGUUCCAAAAGACGACCUUGAGAGGUACGAAGAGCAGCACAUACUGGUUCGGGAAAUCACGGCGCGGUUUGAAAGGAGUGGAUAUUCGGAUUCCAAUGCGCAAGAUCGGGAGUAUAUUGUUGAGCGGAUGCAAAAGAUGCAAGCGGCUGGGUCUCCUCCACCCGAUUUAGUCGGCGAUAUGAACGCGGCUCAGGAAGCGCUCAGUGAAAUAGACCAGGGUUGCCCAACACAAUGA